AUGCCCUCCCUCGCGUUGAUUGACCAUUCGCCCAGCAAUCCUACGCCAUCUCCGCCGAUACCGAGCGCUUCCAACGUUAUACUCAUUGACAACUACGAUUCCUUCACCUGGAAUGUGUAUCAAUACCUUGUCUUCGAAGGCGCGACCGUGACUGUAUACCGAAACGAUGAGAUUACCCUCGAAGAUCUGAUCGCGAAGAACCCUACACAACUGGUGAUCAGCCCGGGCCCAGGACACCCAGAGCGCGAUGCAGGCAUUAGCAAUGCCGCCAUCAAGCACUAUAGCGGCAAGAUCCCGAUCUUCGGCGUGUGCAUGGGAGAACAGUGCAUCUUCUAUAGCUACGGCGGUACUGUAGACGUCACAGGUCAGGUCCUGCACGGAAAGACUUCGCCUCUCAAACAUGACGGCAAAGGCGUCUUCGCAGGCAUUUCGCAGAAUGUCCCCGUCACGCGCUACCACUCACUCGCUGGUACCCACGGAACACUCCCAGACUGCCUCGAGGUAACUGCUACCAUCCCCGCGAACGAAGAUGCCGAAGUGAAGGAAGUCAUUAUGGGCGUGCGACACAAGGAAUAUGUUAUGGAAGGUGUGCAGUUUCACCCAGAGAGUAUCUUGACUGAGGAUGGGCGCCUCAUGGUCAGGAACUUCCUCAAGAUGCAAGGUGGCACCUGGACCGAAAAUGAACGACUACAGAAGGAGGCACAUGCGCAAGCGGUCGGAGCUGCUACCAAGGGUGCAACUGACACAAAGAAGGACAAGCAGACAUCUAUACUCGAGAAGAUCUACGAUCAUCGUAGGGCGUCUGUUGCGGAACAGAAGAAGAUUCCGUCCCAGCGACCAGGCGACCUACAGGCCUCGUAUGACCUUAAUCUAGCGCCUCCUCAGAUUAACUUUCCAGAGCGUCUGAGGCAAUCGCCGUUCCGAUUGUCGCUCAUGGCUGAGAUUAAGCGCGCAUCGCCCUCCAAAGGCAUAAUUUCUCUGUCCGCGUGCGCUCCUGCUCAAGCAAGACUAUAUGCAAAGGCCGGUGCAAGCACCAUCUCCGUACUCACUGAGCCAGAAUGGUUCAAAGGAAGCAUCGACGAUCUCAAAGCUGUUCGACAAAGUUUGGAAGGCAUGCCAAACCGACCUGCUGUUUUGCGCAAGGAAUUCAUCUUCGAGGAAUACCAAAUCUUGGAAGCCAGGCUCGCAGGUGCCGAUACCGUGUUACUCAUUGUCAAGAUGCUUGAUGAAGCAGUGUUGAAAAAGCUCUACGACUACUCCCGAUCACUCGGAAUGGAGCCCCUGGUAGAGGUCCAAAACGCGGAAGAAACGGAGAUCGCGGUCAAGUUGGGUGCUCAAGUCAUUGGCGUGAACAACCGCAACCUUGUCAACUUCGAGGUCGACAUGGAGACUACCAACCGUCUAAUCAACAUGGUUCCGAAAGAGACCAUCUUGUGUGCGCUAAGCGGUAUCGCUGGACCCAAGGAUGUCGAACCAUACAUCAAGAGUGGAGUUGGUGCAGUCUUGGUGGGUGAAGCGUUGAUGCGCGCAUCUGACACUGCUCAAUUCAUCGCGGAGCUCCUAGGUGGCUCAUCCACAAAGAAGACACAAACAGCCUCAAGCCCAAUGGUAAAGAUUUGCGGGACUCGCAGUGCAGAGGCCGCAAAAGCUGCAGUUGAGGCAGGAGCUGAUCUCAUCGGCAUGAUAUUGGCGCCAGGAACCAAGCGAACAGUAACAGCCGAGACAGCGCUGGCGAUCUCAGAAACGGUGCACAAAACCAAGAAGCCCACUAUAUCGAAGUCGGGGUUGCUUGCUGACUCAAAGGUUGCAUCUGACUUCUUUGAGCACGGCGCAUCACGGUUGUUAUCAAGUGACAGUCGUGCACUCCUUGUAGGCGUGUUCCGACAUCAGUCACUAGAGUACGUGCUCGAGCAGCAGCGAUUGCUCAAUCUAGAUGUCGUACAGUUCCAUGGCCAAGAGCCAUUAGAGUGGGCAAAGUUGGUCCCUGUCCCUGUUCUUCGCGCAUUCAAUCCGCAAAACCAUGGCAUUGGCUCAAGAGGGUACCAUGCCCUACCACUUCUAGACGCAGGUUCUGGGGGCUCAGGUCAGCAACUAGACCUUUCAGACGUCAAAGCAGUGUUUGCGAAAGACGACGGUAUCAAGGUCAUAUUAGCAGGAGGGUUAAACCCUGACAACGUACAUUCUAUGCUCGCUGGACUUGAUGAGUAUCGGGACCGCGUUCACGCCGUGGACGUCAGCAGCGGCGUGGAAGAAGAUGGACAGCAAAGUUUAGACAAGAUACGCGCCUUUAUAAAGGCGGCCAAGAACCAGCAAUAG